UGUGUGUGUGUGCGUGAGUAAUUUGACAUUUCAUUUCUUUUUUUGUGACAAGUCUUUUUUGUUGUUUGAGAAGAAAUUAACAAAUUCCCAGCAUUAUGGACGUAUUACACCCCCUCAGUUUAUGGGCGAGAUGAAGAAAGGGGGCACAGUGGAUGUAUAUAUUCUGUGUCCCUCGUGAAAAAUAGGGGUGGCUGAUACAAAUCGCCGCACCGGAGGUAACCUUCGUGAAAAUGCUGCCGGAGUAUCAAUCUCUCGACAAGGGAACACCUCUGUUCCGGACACCAUUCGGGAAAUUUGCCCUACGUGUGGUCUCCCUACCCUUCUUCAGCUUCCUCUUCUGCGUACUGUGGUCCAUUGUAUUUUACUUCGAUCGCGCCACAUCCACGCACUGCCAUGUGUACAACUUCCUCCCAUCAAUUUCCGCUGCAAUUGGUAGCUACCAACCCCAGAGAUUCAUCUGGCAAACGGCAAUUAGUUGCCAUGCUGUGCCUCGCUUCAUUGUGGCCUACAUGUACUUGAUGUACUACCGUUCGUGUGUGCGGAAACGCUGGCAUAUCCUCGUGAAUAUUGCAACAUUGCUCAAUGUUGUGGAGAAUGCUGCACUCUUGGGACUCUCUCUCUUUACAUCCGUUGAUAAUUAUGAAAUCCACAAAUUUUGCUUCAUCACCUUUAUCGCCACUUCUGAGCUUUACAUGCUACUCUGCUAUGUCAUCAAUAUAAACUGCAGACGAAGUGACUCCCUGACGAAGCUGGAGGAGAAAUCCAUAAGAUUCAAAGGCUACUUGUGCCUCAUUAACAUUUUUUCCUUCUCACUCGCUGGCUACUUUUUCCUCCGUCACAAUUCCUACUGCGAACCGGGAAUCUAUUCCCUUUUUGCCCUCUUUGAGUACAUUGUGGUCCUCACCAAUAUGGGAUUCCACAUGACAGCCUACUGGGACUUCCACGGGCGCUGGAUUUCCUUCUCAUGGUCCACAGGUCUCUACUUUUCGCAAAAUUAAACAACAAAUAAAAAGAAAACAAACGUCCAGAGAAAAUUCUUCUCGCCAGAUUUCAAAAAGGAAUCAUGCAAAGAAAAUAAUUUUUUUAGAUCAAUAACUACCCCCAUUUAUUCUGGGAUGUUAAUUGCUAUACAUUAUAAUUAAUUUUCUUUGCUAAUUUUUAAUGUAAAAAUGUGUAGGGAAAUUUUUUAAGCAACAUACCUACACAAAAAUUCAAACAAAAAAAAAUUAAUAAAAAGGGUGCAAUUUUAUUAUUCCUCAAGCUGAAUAAUAUAGCCUUUUGCAAAGAAUUCACAAAAAAUUAUAUUAUAAAAUGAACACUA